CACACAGACACGCACGCACGCGCGCGCGUACUCAGGAAACGCUCCUGCUGCCCCCCUCGCUCCCGGCGCUGCCGCGGGGAAGUUUCCGGAGCGGCCGAGCGGACAGCGCCUUGGUGGGCCUCCGGGCCCCUUUCGAGCGACGCUGGACUCCACCCUUCUCCAGAUCCGCUCGAGGAGAAAGUGGGAAGGUGGCCAGGGAGGCGGAGAGUAGCCCUGUUGCUGUCAGCCGGCCAGCAGCCCCACUCAGGAGGCGGGGGACUUCGUGAGCCCAGGAACAGAACAUGCUUCUCGCAGGAACAGCCCGAGGUUUGGGGACGCCCUCAGCGGGGCCGUGUGCGGCGGCUCCGCCGCGGUCGGGGGUCGGGGCGGGCUUCCCCCGCCCAGCAGGCGCCCGGCGAAUCUGGUGCCUCCACGAUCGGUCAAGCCGGCUUGUUAGCCGGGACAUUCGGGACCCGAGGAGCGCCAUUCUCCUGAGUUCUCUUUGGCUUGGGUUUCCCACAAAAGCGUGGUCACAACAAAAACUGUCUUUCCACAAACGCGAAACGGCCCCGAAACUUUUUUCCCACACGCUCCCGUCCUCUGACCCCCCCACCCCCUUUAGGCUUAGCCUCAGGAGUCGGGUGACCUGUCCGAACACCGACUCCGCGAAACCCCGGGAGCCAAACACGGCCCAACCCCGCGGGAGAGCGGAAAGGAGAGAAAACUCUGUGAACCCCAACCACACUCUCCUGUUUUCCCGGCCCUUGAAAGGAAAAAAUAAAAAAUAAAAAGGCGGCCCGUCGGCGCGCUUUGCAUGCUAGGAUGAGUAGUUCCUUCACGCCGCGGGGCGCGGGGUCAGGUGGGAGCCCGGGCUGACUCCGCGGCUGAGAACUCCAGCUCCCGCCGUGCCCCGCGGCAGAGUGAGAGGGGCGGGCCGGGAGGGCGUGCGCCGCGCUUGCGCAAGUCAAGGAACCGGAGGGAGGCGGAGGCGCAGCGGUCCAACUGCUGAAGUGUCCAUGUGACAGAGAGCGGGGUCCCCACCUCCAGGCGCCGCUCGACUCUGCCCCGGCCCCUAGAGCUGCACUGUUUCGGCGCCAACAGAUAGCAGCAGGCCGGGACCCUGGGUGUGCGGCCGUGCCGCCGGCGAACUUGGUGUGCAGAGCGGAUUGCCGCCGCCGGGCGAGUGCGGAGGGACCCGGUGGCGCGAGGCGGAGCGGCGGGGUGAGCGCGGAUUUCUGUCAGCGCCGGCGCCCCGGAGCGCGGAGACAUGAACGGCUUCACGCCUGAGGAGAUGAGCCGCGGUGGGGACGCGGCCGCCGCAGUGGCCGCCGUGGUCGCCGCAGCGGCCGCCGCCGCCUCGGCCGGGAACGGGAGCGGCGCGGGCUCCGGGGCUGAGGUGCCCGGCGCCGGAGCGGUCUCAGCAGCCGGGCCCCCGGGAGCUGCGGGGCCGGGCCCCGGGCAGCUGUGCUGCCUGCGGGAGGACGGCGAGCGGUGCGGCCGGGCGGCGGGCAACGCCAGCUUCAGCAAGAGGAUCCAGAAGAGCAUCUCCCAGAAGAAGGUCAAGAUCGAGCUGGACAAGAGCGCAAGGCAUCUUUAUAUAUGUGAUUAUCAUAAAAACUUAAUUCAGAGUGUUCGAAACAGAAGAAAGAGAAAAGGGAGUGAUGAUGAUGGAGGUGAUUCACCUGUUCAAGAUAUUGACACUCCAGAGGUUGAUUUAUACCAAUUGCAAGUAAAUACACUUAGGCGUUACAAAAGACACUUCAAGCUACCAACCAGACCAGGACUUAAUAAAGCACAACUUGUUGAGAUAGUUGGUUGCCACUUUAGGUCUAUUCCAGUGAAUGAAAAAGACACCUUAACAUAUUUCAUCUACUCAGUGAAGAAUGACAAGAACAAAUCAGAUCUCAAGGUUGAUAGUGGUGUUCACUAGGAGAGAUGGAAUUGAGACUAAUACUUGGAUGCUAACACCGUUCACUGUUUUUUCACAUGUAGAAAUGUUCUUUGUGUAUUUUUUCUACAGAGGAUUUUCUCUGGUUUUAUUUUCUUUGUGUCUGACUCUAAUGAUUAGUUGGAAACUCAUGUAAAAUGAGCUUUCCUAGAUUAAAAACUAUUUUAAAUAAAGGUUAUUACUAUUAUA